AUGCCUGAGCAGGAAGCCCCCUACGACCCUUACAUCCCCAGCGGCCAAGCUGGAGCCCAACAACAGGGCGCUGGCGGCAAUGCCAGGACGCAGGCGCUACAAGCUCAAAUUGAUGAUACCGUGGGUGUGAUGCGUGACAACAUCAACAAGGUUUCUCAACGUGGUGAGCGCCUCGAUGCUCUUCAGGAUAAGACCGACAACCUGGCCGUCUCGGCACAAGGUUUUCGUCGAGGAGCCAACAGAGUCCGCAAGCAGAUGUGGUGGAAGGAUAUGAAGAUGCGAAUGUGUCUGAUUAUCGGUAUCAUCAUUCUACUGGUCAUCAUCAUUGUCCCCUCUGUUGUGGCUACUCGUUAA